UCCAUGGCCUGGACUCGGGAUGGGAAGGACACAAUCUAAUGGUCAGAUCAGAUGUCGAGAUAAUCUCCAUUAGAUUAGACACGACCUGCGAAACGAGACAAUUGGGAAAUUUAAACAUCAGGUCCACUAAUAGGACACUAUAUUCUGGUAUCUAUUGUCCACAUAAGACUAAAACUAAAACUACGGUUAGUACACGACAACAUGGUUUGGGUGCCCUUUACGAGCUCUCCCUUUCCUCUUUGAUACUCUUCUAUGGGAGUCCCAAAAUAAUAGCUGGGAAUGACGUGUCCAUUGCUGGCCAACUGAUCCAAUGUAUUGAUCGCAUAGUAAUCGUCGACAACAACCAGUUUGGACCAAACCCGGCGCUCAACGCACCCGAUAUAGCCGGUGACCUGCGGUCGGCCAUUGCGGUCAGUGUUGGUCAGUAUAACGUACGGCUCGUACAUCACUACCGACGAGAAUAUCAUACUUUUCCGGCGUUCAUCUGUUAUUUCCAGGGUAAUAAUGACUAUAUCUCAAAUAUGUCUCAAAUUAAUUGCUGGAGAUUUUUGUCCCGAAGAACCGUAAGAAUCACUACUGGAAGCGAUUCAGUGACGCCUUCAUUACAAGUCUAUGCCAGGGAUUCAAUGGACAGAUUCGGCGAUGAUUUGUGUCAAUACUUGUUGUCUUAUCUGUCACUCAAAGACCGAUUCAGAUAUGAAUGUGUGUCCAAACACCUAGAUCAUAAUAUUUUGUACAGGUAUUGCCGCGAUAAUGAUCAAGGUGAUUUCCGGCUCGAAGACAUCAUGAAUGCCAAUACGUUUGAAUCCAUACUGAAUAAGUGUCGACACGUAACUCAUGUUAAAUGUAUGGGAAUUUCAACCCAUUUGAAUAACACAAUGUUUGAAUCGCUGACAAAACAUUGCGAUCGUUUAGACGCCGUUCACGUAUACAACUGUCGCCACAUUAAUGGCGAAACUAUUGGCAACGGACAAAUGGCUAAUAUUAAGGGAGUUGUCGACCACUACGGGAACCGUUUGAAAGUGAUUGAUGUCCGCAUCGAUGGUAAAUGCGAUGACCAGUCAAUCGUCGCUUUGAUGACAGGUUUGUCGCAAAUGUCGGAAUUAAUUGAUUUACUGAUCAAUACCUACGAUAAUCGUAAAGCAUUCGCGACAUUGAUUACCACUUAUUUACCCCAAAUCGGGAGUAAUUGUCCGGCGAUUAAACGCCUAUCACUUGACGGCUAUAUUGAAAGUCAGCAAAAAAAUCGCAAUACAAUUGUAGUGACGAGUGAUUUGAUGAUUGAAUGCAAAUGUUUAACGCAUUUAUCGCUCGGACUAUAUAUUAAUGAAAUGUUUUUCGACAAUAUUGGCCGCAAUUUCCCGCGACUCCAGUGUUUGGUCAUUAAAUGCCCGCAAAUUACGGACAGUUUAUUGAAUUCAUUGUCACAAUUGGCCAAAAUUCAGACCAUUAGACUCUAUGGUUGCGAAGAUUAUACCCAAACAGCCCUAAUGAAUGCGCUCAAUAACUGUCCCAAAAUUACCAUGAUACAUAUUGAGAGACAAUGUAUUCAUGGCAAAUAUUCUACUGAAUGUACA